UCACCAUACGUGGUUGCUGUUCGAUCUUCUGAUCAUUUUUUUAUCCCCUCAUUCGGAUGAGAUUUGCGAUUUUAAUUCCAACCCUGAGAAUCUUCCAUGAUUGAUUUUCCCAUCAAGCUCGAAUUCUGAGAGCAAGGUUGGAAUUGGAUUCUUUGUUUCUGUUCUCACCAUCAAUCUUCGUGCAAACAAAUGGCUGCUACUGGGAUGCCGAGGAACUCAACAAUGAUUUGUGCUCAAUUGGUAAGUCAAUCUGUUGAGCACAUGGUGACCGAUAUGUAUGAGGCAAAGGCACAAGGCGCAGAUUUGGUGGAGAUCAGGCUCGAUUGUUUGAAGGAUUUCCGCCCUCGUCAACACCUUCAGAUUCUCCUCGACAGUAAGCCACUCCCAGUCGCCGCCGUGUAUCGGCCAAAAGGGGAAGGUUGUCAGAAUGAGGUUGAUCAAAAUAUGCAGUUGGAUGCACUCUGUUUGGCUAAAGAAUUGGGAGCAGAUUUUGUGGAAUUGGAGCUCAAGGUUGCUUCAGAUCUCAUUGAAGAACACAAGCAGAACCAGCAUAGGCGUAGUAAAAUAAUUGUAUCAUAUUAUUUGGAUGAUAUGACUCCUUCAGAAGAAGAUCUCAGCCAACUUGUUUCACGCAUGCAAUCAACUGGUGCAGAUAUUGUCAAAAUCGUCUUGAAUUCAAGUAGCAUUGCAGAAAUAUCAAGAAUUUUUCAUUUGCUUUCACAUUGUCAGAUCCCACUAAUUGCAUACUCUAAAGGGGAUAGAGGUCUUAUAAGUCAAAUAUUGGGGCCCAAAUUUGGUAGUUUCUUAGUAUACGGAUCUAUUGAAGGAAAUCCAGUACCUGGUCUUCCUACAUUGGGCAGUCUUCGAUACACAUAUGGAGUACAGUAUAUAAAUCAAGAGACUUUAGUUUUUGGGCUGAUCUCAAAGCCAGUGAGCCACAGCAAGGGUCCUCUUUUGCAUAAUCCUACCUUCAGACAUGUGGGUUACAAUGGAAUUUAUGUCCCAAUGCUAAUAGAUGAUCUCAAAGAGUUUUUUAAUGUGUACUCUAGUCCCCACUUUGCAGGUUUCAGUGUAGGAUUUCCGUACAAGGAAGCUGUUAUUCAAUUUUGUGAUGAAGUCCAUCCACUUGCUCAGUCUAUAGGUGCUGUUAAUACUAUUAUAAGGCGCCACACUGAUGGGAAGUUGGUUGGUUACAAUUCAGAUUGUGAGGCUUCUAUAACAGCAAUUGAGGAUGCUCUCAAAGUAUGGGGAUCCACUAAUGGGGAGGCAUUGAUCCCAUCUCCUCUCACUGGAAAACAGUUUGUACUAGUAGGAGCUGGAGGUGCUGGAAGAGCACUAGCAUUUGGUGCUAAAUGCAGGGGAGCACGGGUUGUCAUUUUUGAUAUUGACUUUGACAGAGCAAAAUCUCUUGCGAUGGUUGUCUCUGGUGAAGUUCAGCCUUUUGAUGCCCUAGAGAGAUUCCGGCCAGAGAAAGAUGCAAUCCUUGCCAAUGCGACACCAUUAGGAAUGCAUCCAAAUACUGAUCGAAUUCCUGUGGCUAAAGCGACCUUGGGUGAUUACAAACUUGUCUUUGAUGCUGUUUACACACCUAUAAAAACCACACUGUUAAUAGAAGCUGAGACUGCGGGAGCCAUCAUAGUCAGUGGAGUAGAAAUGUUCCUCCGUCAGGCUGUCGGCCAGUUCAACCUCUUCACUGGUGGAAAAGCACCUGAAGACUUCAUGCGCAGUACAAUUUUAGAGAAGUUUUGAUGCGAAUCAUGUAAGGGUGGUUCUAAAUUGAUUCCCAACUGUUUUUUCUGAUCUGAAAUUGAUUUCUUUUGCAUUGGUUGAUUGAGAGUGUAGCAAUUGAAAGAACAAACUGAAGAUGAGGAGUGAUCAGUUUGGAAUUGACAUUGCUUGGAGGGGUGAAACUGAAAUGUUGUAAUUUAGGUGUGGUAAGUAAAUCCCUUAUUCUGGGGUGGAGUCUUUGAACGCAGCCAUGUUUGAAAUAAUGAUGAUGCUAUGUUCUCUUCCUAAUCACAGAAAAUUGAUCAAUUUCUUUUUGUUAAUGCAAUGCCAUUACUGCAGCUGGGAUGUCAUUAUGGUUUGCGUUUUUGGGUUAUUGGAUUGAACAUACUUCUGAAAAGGUUAUUUGGACACUUAU